AAAGGAUUUGGGGAUUGAAAUACUAUUAUAUAUAAAUGCCUUUCAGUUAUAUAAGGUUUUCUGCUAAGUUUAAAGUGUUUCAAAUUUUGUUUUACUGGAAAACGUUCUAAUUAUGUUAAGAAAAGUGGCUGCGGUGUAGUCUAAAAUAUGCCGGAGUCUUAAAAAUAUUGGUCCGCAAAUAAACGGUUUUGUAGAUAUUAAGUUUUAUCAAAAGCAGUGUAUUUUUUUUUCCUGACUGUUAUAAAAGUAAACUUUAAGGUGUAUUAUGGUAUGAAGAAAGUCCUUAUUAAUUGUAAGUCUAAAUUACUGAUUGAUGAUUAUUUUGUUCUUCAGGUCAGAGUAUUUUUUACUGAUUCAUAUUCUUAAAGGUUUUUUGUCAUAUUUUAUAUUAUAAUACAUCUCCUUAAUGUUUCUGACAUUUUUUAAACACCCUAUCUUCAGAAGUAUUUUAAGGCAAUAAAUCAUUUAAUUUAAAAUUUAUGUAAACGUCGUUGCCUAAAAAAUAUUGUAAAUCUGUUAAUAUUCUCUAGUAAUGUUUAUUUAUAAAAUAGAUCCAGACAAACUUACUAUGUCCAAAAUGAUAAGAAAUAAUAAAAUAUUCAUAAGUCCACAUAAGAUAUUUCACACAAACAAACUGAUAAAACCUAACCACAAAUCAAAACAAGGUACAAAGACUAGUAACGUUAUUCUAACGCAAAAUGUUUAAGUCGGCUGUGACACUUGCAAAGAAAUAUUCAACGAUGACAAGACAAUACAAUGAAAUACAAUUUCCUGUGCCAUGGGGCCAGAUCAGUGGUAAAUGGUGGGAACCCACCACUUCUAAACCAAUUUUGGCAAUUCACGGCUGGCAAGACACUUGUGAAUCAUUUGAUAGAUUAAUACCCCUUUUAACCAAAGAUGUGGGUGUUUUGGCCAUUGAUUUACCAGGCCAUGGCUAUUCAUCCAAGUUGCCAGCUGGGAUGUUUUAUGACAACAUGAAUUACCCAAUACUCAUCAGAUACAUUAUGAAAUAUUUUGGUUGGCCCACAGUUUCACUUAUGGGCCACUCACUGGGUGCUAUUUCAUGUUACACUUUUGCCAUGAUGUACAACAAAGACAUAGAUUUUUUAGUGUUAAUUGAUGGACUUAAACCUUUAGAGCAGCCUAAUAGUCAAAAGCAAAUGGCCUCAGUUGUGGAACAGUUUCUGAAAUAUGAUAAACUUAGUAGGGACCAAUCUGAGCCUCCUACAUAUCCGCUGGAGGUUUUAAAAGAGAUGCUCUCAAAGACAUUAGAUAAUUCCAUUGAUAUUGAAUAUGCUGAAUUGCUUUUAAGGAGAAAUAUACAACCUUCAGUGAAAGAUCCAAAUAAGUAUUAUGUAACCAGAGAUCCCAGAUUAAAGUCAAUUUUUUUUGGAAACUGGGGACAUAAUGAACUAGUUGAAUAUGCAGCUCAUGUCACAUGCCCUUUACUGUUUUUUAAAGCUUCCAGCAGUGGGUAUUUUGAAAAGAAAGAAAAUCCACUUGAAGUUUUUGAAACGAUUCUCAAAGUUAGUCCUAAUUGUCAUUAUAAAGAGGUUGAAGGUAAACAUCAUGUACAUUUGAACAAUCCUGAAAGAUUAAAUGGAAUGAUUAAUGAAUUUAUUAAAAAGUACAAUAAAGUUGAUAGGAGUGUAGGGAAGUUUAUUGAAUCAGCAGAAGUACAAUAAUGAUUAUAUUAAACGGGUUUGGGGACUGUGUUACUGUUUUACGCAAAUCACCUGUGUUUAUGAGCUUUAAAUGUUUAUUGUUAUUUGAAAAUAAAAUAAUAUUGCGUUUUCA